AUGGAUCUGCGGGUGGGCGGAAAGUACAGGAUCGGGAAGAAGAUCGGGAGUGGAUCGUUCGGUGAUAUCUACCUCGGCGUCAACAUCGUCUCGGGCGAGGAGGUUGCCAUCAAGUUAGAGUCUGUCAAGGCGAAGCACCCACAGCUCGAGUAUGAGUCGAAGGUGUACAAGUCGCUCGCGGGCGGUGUCGGUGUGCCAUUCGUGAGGUGGUACGGGACGGAGUGCGACUACAACGCCAUGGUCCUGGACUUGCUCGGCCCCUCCCUCGAAGACCUCUUCAACUUUUGCAACCGCAAAUUCUCACUCAAGACGGUCCUUCUCCUCGCCGACCAGCUCGUCUCGCGUGCCGAGUACAUUCACUCGCGCAACUUCCUCCACCGCGACAUCAAGCCAGACAACUUCCUCAUGGGUAUCGGCAAGCGGGGCAACCAGGUCAAUGUCAUCGACUUUGGGCUCGCCAAGAAGUACCGUGACCCCAAGACCCACUUGCACAUCCCGUACCGGGAGAACAAGAACUUGACGGGUACGGCGCGUUACACGAGUAUCAACACGCAUUUGGGGGUGGAGCAGUCCAGGCGGGAUGAUUUGGAGAGUUUGGGUUACGUCCUCAUGUACUUCCUCCGUGGUCAGCUCCCCUGGCAGGGUCUCAAGGCGGCGACCAAGAAGCAGAAGUAUGACCGUAUCAUGGAGAAGAAGAUGACAACCCCCACCGAGGUCCUCUGCCGAGGCUUCCCCAACGAGUUUGCCAUCUACCUCAACUACUGCCGGUCACUCCGCUUCGACGACAAGCCCGACUACUCGUACCUCCGCAAGCUCUUCCGUGACCUCUUCGUCCGCGAAGGCUUCCAGUACGACUACGUCUUUGACUGGUCGGUCCAGCCCGACCCGAGCAAGCAGCAGCACAAUGACCAGAUGAGCGGUCAUGCCCAGCUCCAGGCGAUGCAGGCGCAGCAGAAGAGGCGGGUCAUGCCGGGAGAGGAGCAGCCGGGGAUGCCAUCGGCGAUGGACAACCAGAGGCAGCUGCGGAGCGCGACGAGGAACCAGGUCAGGGAACAGCAGUGGUAA